UUAUCAAAGCACAUGAAAAUAACGCAGAUUGGUUUUCCAAAAAUUUGGGAAAUUUGACAUGUCAAUAUUUCAGUUCAUUAAUUAGAUAUAUCGAAGAUUAUACCAAGAAGGAUGAUUUAGUUCGACAGGAAUUCGUGGAUUUGACCAAAACAAAAACUUUUCAUCUUGUUACUGAUGUUGAAGUCGAAGAUUAUCAUAAUGUUAAGAUAGUUGAUGGUGGUUUGUACAUUAUGGUUAAUCCAGAGAGAUUUGGCACCAAUGCAUCACCUGGUUAUGAUUUAGUUGAAAGACUUCAUGCGUCAGAUUCAGUGCUUUCAGUGAGCACAAAAAUAAAUAUUCGUGAUCAAUGGACCAGUAAAAUUCCGGCAUUGAAGAAAAAACUUAAGGAAGCAGUUCAUGAUGAUAUAGAAUUUGUGGUUGACUUUGAUAAUAUCUUUGAAAUUGCAAAGAAAAAUUCAAAUGAUGAUGGUAAAUGGUAUAAAAGUAAGUUGGGAGAAAUCGUUUUUGCAUAUUUUGAAUCAUUGGUUACAAAUAUUAUUAAAGAUGAUAUGGUUAGAGAUAAUUUUGUUGAAAUUAUUGAAACCAAAAAGAUCUAUUUGAUCUUUGAUGAUGAAGUAGCAAAUUACAAUGACCUUUUGGUUAAAGAUGGUGCAUUGUAUAUUAGAGUUGGUCCAACAUAUUUGGGUACUAAUAACAGUAAUAUUGGUUAUAACAUUAUUGAUGUCUUGUAA